GGCUUACUUAACCCUUUGGCCUGUUGAUACUGAUCCCAGUCUCCAAUUCCGCAAGGCUACGCUCCGCAUCCAUGACCUCUAUGAGUUGCGGCUUGACUUGACAACAGCGUUGUCGGGACCUUGAUCAACAACAAUCAAGAUCGAACAUGGCGCAGACCUCACCAAAUCCCCUAAUCUCUUCGAAACCCUCCGAUACAGGCCUCACAGUCUCUCUGCACCCUCUCGUACUCCUCACAGUCUCCGAUCAGAUCACCAGACAGUCCGUUCGAAAACAACAAGGUCCUGUUGCGGGUGCACUCUUGGGCCAGCAGAGAGGGCGUGAGAUCACAGCGGAACAUGCUUUCCCUGUAGAACUCGUACGCAUCUCAGAGGGAAAGUGGCAGUUCAAUGAAGAAUGGAUGGAGAUGAGGAUACAACAGUACAAGGACGUCCACAAAGCACCAGCACUCGAAUGCGUCGGCUGGUUCACACUAUGCCCUGAAUCUGGUCCGCUACCAGAGCAGGUCACUCUUCAAAAGCAGGCCAUCACAUUCUCCAGCGACAGCGCCAUCCUGCUGGCUCUACAUCCAGAAUCAAUAUCGGCCGGAGACACAACAGGCGGAAAGCUACCAAUAUCCGUCUACGAGAGUGUGCUCGAAGGCGACCAUCCUAAAGAUGAGGGCUCAAUGCAGGUAGACGGGCAAGAGUCCACAGACAUCAAGUUCCGACAUCUAUCGUACACGAUCGACACGGAUGAGACAGAAAUGAUUGCGAUUGACUAUGUGGCAAAAGGAGCAGGCAGUGCCGUUGCAGUCGAUGACUCCGCGUCCCGAGAGCCGAGCAGCAAGCCCACCGAGACCGCACCGCCAGACAAGAAGGGCAAGAAACGUGCAGACCUACCGCCAGAUGAUACCAGCCCGGAAGCCACAAACGGCGUAGCGGACACAAACUACGCACUGACCCCAGAGGAACAAGACCAAGUCGCCAACCUGACGACCCGCCUCAACAGCGUCAAAAUGCUGCAAUCCCGCAUCUCCCUCCUCCGCAGCUUCAUUCAAACCCUUCCUCCAUCAUACAUAUCCGACCAGGAAUCCGUCGCCAUAACACCGACAAGCCCCGACCCAUCUCACCUUCCGCACCUUCGCAACAUCCAGGCUUUACUGACGCGACUCUCACUCCUCACACCUAUCGACUCCGCAUCAUCAGCUCAACCCCUCGCCGCGGCAUCGCGGGCUCAGUCCAAUGACGUCGCUCUAGCCAGUAUGCUCGCCCUUCUAGGCCAGGACAUCCAGGCACUCAGCGAGCUGGGCCGCAAAUUUGCCACGGUCGAAAGCAGCCGCGGUGCGAAAAGCAAGCACGGCGCUGGCCCGAAAGGUGCAGCUGGAGGCGCAGGAAAUUCAUUCGAAGGCGUGGGUGAAAGUGAUGGUCGAUUUGCUGGGGCUGCUGUGAGUAAUUCAGGUGGGAUGAUGGUGUGAGCUUGGGCGAGGUCACGUAGUGAAAAUCACCCCUACAUGAGGACGGAUUGAACCGCCCCAGCCCAACACCGGUCAUUGGCCGAGCUUGUGACAGCUUUGGAAGCCCUUGCGCCACGACGCCUCUCUGACAGCGUAUAGACGCCAAACGAGAGAUGGGGGCUACCACCGGGCAAGUGCUUCUGCGAGGAAGGCUAUCAGUCAUGGAUGACAAGCACCCGGGCUGCAACCGAGGAUGGAGGAGUCACGACGGGAUGACACUUUCACGAGGACAGAGAUUCGUGGCAAUGAACACAGA